AUGGGGGCCCUAGGUGUGUCACCCUGGGUCUUGAAGAUUAACGGGGAUAGGAAUAGGUUCUUGCUGACGGUCCAAGAGACGGUCUCUGCAAUCUCUAUAGACCUUCAUUGGUUCAUGGGGCCGGUUCUUCGGUGGGGAGAUUUGAAGGAGCCACGACUUGGUCGUCUCCGGAUGGAGGGGGCCUUUACCCUUACUGAGCCUAGACUAGACUGA